CAAACCUAAGCCGAUGUUGUGUUAACGGUCGCCAUUGUUACCUCCAAACUCCUGGUACGAAACUCAGCUAUCCAGCUAUCUUUAGGUUGCAUUCAGGCCCAACCUCCGCGCAAAGGGUCGCACUCCUCUCAGUUAGACCCAUAAAGCAACCCUUCCAGCUGCACUUUUACCUGGGCGCCUGCGGGCCGUGCUUCUCCAACGGCUUUUCACUAGCCGGCCUGCACCCCUUCAAUCUCACCAGCUAGCCACCGCCCGGCCGCUCCACAGCCCUCGGCGCACGGCGCAUGCCCAAUAGGGCAGCCGCUGUCGUCGUUGACUGCCUAACGUAUUCCUGCCAAGCGCCUCACUCUUCGUCUUGCCGUACCACACCACCGCCUAGACCGAUCACCGGUUGCAGCUUGCCUGGAACCUGAGGCAGCCUAGCCACCCACCGCCCAUGCACCUCAGCCAACCACCUCACCGCGUGCUGGAAUCCCGCCGGCAUUGCUGCCACAGAGGCAACGCUGCGGUUGCAAUUCGCUCACGGCGAUGGCAGGCCCUCUGCGGCUACGCCACGGCUCGAAGCCCCUGCAACGGUUCGGCCACCCAAGCCGCAGCAGCAUCAGCGUCGAUGGCAGAAUCCAUGAUGUGGACACGGAAGUGGACACGGUUAAAGCGCUCAUCGACAGCUGCCACCAGGACUCUACCUGUUGUUCGCAGCAGUAGCAGUAGCAGUGGUGGCGGCGGCAGCGGCAGCAGCAGCGGUGGCGACGGUUGCUUGUACGACAGUCGCGUGGUGACAGUGUACGACAUGUCGGACCAGCUCGUGGAGUAUGAAGUGGCCUGGUCCUGGCAACGUGCGCUGCUGGCACGAGCCGUGGCGGCUGCCGAGGCAGGGACCCGUGGGUCGGCGCAUGCGGUGUUGCUGCUGCAGCACCCGCCUGUGUACACGCUGGGGGCGGGGUCCACCACCGACCACCUGCGCUUCCCACCCGACUCUCCGCCCCUCCCGCUGUUCCGAACGGAGCGGGGCGGCGAGGUCACCUACCACGGUCCCGGCCAGUUGGUGAUGUACCCGGUGCUAGACCUGCAAGUGCUGCUUCCCGACCUGCACUGGUACCUCCGCAAGCUAGAGCAGGUGGUCAUUGAGGCGCUGCAGGCGGUUUCGGAGCUGCGAGGGGAGCGGGUGGAGGGGCUGACGGGCGUCUGGGUGGACGGGGCCAAGGUGGCCGCCAUCGGUGUGCGCGCUAAGAAGUGGGUGACCUACCAUGGUUUGGCGCUGAACGUCACCACCGACCUGGCGCCGUUCCGCCUCAUCGUGCCGUGCGGCAUCUCCGACCGCCCCGUUACCAGCGUGCAGCGACUGCUGCUGGAGCGGCAGGAAAGAGAGCAGGAGCUAGCAAAGCAGGAGGCAGCGAAGGAUGAGGAGGACGAGCAGGCGACACAAGAAGACCUCCUGCGUCUGCUAGCGGCCACGGGCACCAGCCCCUUGCUGCUGACCGGCAACCACACAACCAACACUAACAGCCGCGCUGGCACUUCAAUUGCCAGUAGCCACACCAGCAGCAGCACCGCUGCAGAAGCCACAAAUGCAGCAGAUGUGCAAGUCUCAGCAGCACGUGCUGCUGCGGGUGAGGAUUAUUGCACCCUAGAUGACCCCUUCGCGCCGCCACCUGAACAACAGCAGUUCGGAACACUGCUGGGGGUGCAGCAGGAGGGGCAGCUGGACGGCGCACAGGGUGUAGCUUGGAGCGAUGAGAGGGAUGAGGAGGAGGACCGCAGAAAAAGCGCGUCCGCAGUCACCGGUGUUGCUGAGGCGGAGGGGCUGAAGGUUCGCAGCAAUUGGAACGAGAUGGAGCAGGUGUUGCUGCGGGCAUACAGCGCCGCGCUGCUGGAUGCGUUUGAAAGGGUGUUCGAUGUGCGGUUUGUGAGGGGCGAUCCUCGAGAACUGCUGGAAAUGGAUGACGAUGGCUUGUAGACGCUGGGAAGCGGUUGACGGAACGAUGGAAAGAGGAGCGAGGUUAGGUGGCUUUCGUUUGGCCUAUGCAGCUUGAGACCGCAAUUUGCUGUACGGAGAGGUGUUUGAAAGGACUACGAGGGCUGGUUGAAUCCAGUCUUCAACCUUCACAUUAAAUGCCGUGCAAUGUGCCGUGCACUGGCUGGGCAAGCCGUACCUCAAUCCAGAUCUGGACUAUUACUGCCAACUGUACUUUCGUCACCUAACUGUGCUUGCACAAAAUGAAAUCGCGGCACCUCCAAAGACACAUUAAAGGAGUUUCCGCAUUGACUUUUUGGUAGAUUUGACUGUGCGUGGUCAAGCCGACAGGGGGCACGAGGGCACUAUCUAUCUGCCAGCGUUUUAUACAAAGCCAUGCACAACCGCUAGCAGUUUACAGUACCUUUUGCAACGCCUCUAUAGUGUAAAUUACGUAAUUCUGGCGAUUUACUGCCGCUAUGUCGUCGCAGCGAGCAAAUCCCGAGCUCCAGCUGGAACAUAUUUUACGACUUCCGAAGAGGCGAAGGCUGCCAAUCCAGCCUGCCAUUGCGGAGAUCAACCAUGUCGGGGUGAUUGCACCGGAGCAAGCGCAGCCACUCGCCGAGCAGCAGGAGCUGGGCCCCAGCAUUUAUGACUCUGUCACGACGGCGUUUGACAAAUGCCGUGUAAUGCAGUUAUGCACGGUGCAGUGGAUGUUGAAGUUGGGAUGGCCGUUGACGCUGUACCCAACCAAGGAGCAAUUGAUGGAACUUGAGAAGGCCCCGUUCUUUGACCACUCGCACUGGACGGAGGCAAGCGGUUGGAAGUUCGCCAAGGCCCUAGAUGCCGUAUUCCAGUCGGAAAUCAAACGUCUUGUCAGCGAGUCGCGCUUUGUCAGCUUGGGACUGGACGAGGUGAAUGUUGACGACGUUCCAACCCGACUAGGCGUGUACUUGAACCUCGUAGACGGCUCUUGGAACAGGCGCACGUUGCUUCUGGAGGCGCCCAAGCUGGAGAUAACCCGGCCGUACGACCCAAACCGCAUUGCGGACGGUACCGUACGCCAAGCCCUUGAAGCGCUGCGCCUGCGGGCGGGGCUACAUGAACCGCAUGACAUCGCCCGCAAGCUGGUCGCAGUCAACAUGGAGGGGCCUGCUGACGUCAUGCAAGACAUCCGUACGGCGCUUGUCGUACGGUUUCGCAACCUGGCGCCUUUCGUACAGCCUUCGCAUUGCAUCACACGCCGUACGCACCUGGGAGCUGAGGCGCGCAAGCGGGCUGGCCGGGUGCUUGGCGAGGUGGGGAGGGUAGUCGGCGAGGUGUACUUCAAGCGGUUUGGCUGGCGCCAUGAAGUGCGGGCCGACGCAAUGCCGCCUGGGGAGCUGCUGUUUGAGCCGGAGGAGGACGAGGAGGUCAGCUGGCUGCACGUGGGUAGGCCCCUGGAGCGGCUGCUUGCGCAGUACGACAACAUCCUGCAGCGGCUGCUACAGCGCCUGUACGAGGGGGGAUCGGGAGAGUGGGCCGCAAGCGAGCUGUACGGCACACUCACAGAUGCGGAGGUCCUGCUUGCCGUACAUGCCGUACGACCGGCACUAGCCGUACUUGAGCCCCUGGUGGAGCUGUUUGAGGGCUGCUGCCGGGGACAUGAGCAGGAGGAGCAGGGGCAAGAGGAGGAGCGUGAAUGGGGGCAAGACGAGGAGCGGCAGCAGCGGCGGCAGGAGGAGGAGGAAGAGGACGUGGGGCCGAGGCAGCAGCAGGGGCCGCAGGGACAGCAGCGGGAGCUGUACCCUGGGGUGCUGGCAUCCGAUUUGCUGCGUGCAUCGACGCAGUUGCGAGCGCUGUAUGUGGAUGCGGGCAGUCGCUUCAGCGGACCGGAGUUUGCGGGAUAUCGGGCGCUGUUGGCGGCGGGCGGCAGCGGCAGCCGCUGGCGGAGCGAGGACAGCGGCCCGGUUCCAGGUUUGGAUGAAGGCAAGGAGAAGGAGGAGCAGGAGGUGGAGGAGGACAGGAGAGAGGUGGCAACGAGGAAGGAGGAGCAGCAGGCAAAGGAGAAGAAGGAGGAAGGCGGCAGUGAGAAGGAGGCGGAGCUGGGGCUCUGGGUGGCAGGGGAGUUCCAUCCCUUCCAAGUCCUCCCUCCCGGAAAGCGCCGAGCCGGCUCCCGCUACGUCCCGCUCACCGCCUCCCUGCUCGGCCCAGUAGCCGAGCAGGUGCAGCGCUGCCUCUCCGCCGGCAUGGAGGCCCUGAUCGAAUCCCUCCUGCAGCAGCAGUUCUUCCCGCCGGCUCCGCUGCUGGAUGCCGCCUGCAUCGUGUACCCGCAGUACUGGGCCGCGCAGCCGCCGCCGACGCGCGAGGACUUCCUGGCCAAGCUGGCCGUGCUCAAGGCGCAGUACUGCAGCGGAGGGGAGGAGGAGGAGGUGCGUCCAGGCGUGGAAAUAGAACCCGAGAUGGGAGCGGGAGCGGGAGAGAGCAGCGGUGCUGCUGUGGGGGCUGGUGACAGCCUUCGCCAACCGCAGCUGCACCCGCAGGGGGGCGGAAAUGGGAAUGAUGGACGUGAUGUGGAGAUGCAGGAGGCCGCCGCUGUGGGUGGAGCGGAAGGAGCUGCAGGACGGGGGGGAGGGGGAUUACUGGAUGGAGCCCUGCUGGACCGACAAGCAGCGUCCUUCUACGAGACCAUGUUGGGGUUGGUUGGUGGAGGAGGAGACGUGGUGAUGGCGGCGGCGGCGGCGGAGGAGGAGGGCGGCUGCAGCGUUGGCGCCGUGUCUCGGCUGUGGCGCCGGCUAGAGGUGGAGGUACCCGGGGCACGACAGGAGCUAUCGGAGUUCGCGGCGCUAGCGCAGUUGGUGCUGCUGGCGGUGGUGCCGAGUGGUGCUGAGGUGCGCAGGCGAGCGGAGGUGGGGAAGUUUUUGGAGGCGAGAAUGGAUGGGAGCGGCUGGGGGGAGGAGAGGUUGGAUGGGUGGCGGCUGGGGCUGUGCGGGCGGAUGUAUCGACAGGAGCUGUUCAUGCCGGGGGCGUUUCCGUACGCCGAGGCGUUACAGCAAUGGAAGGAGAGCGGGGGGCUGCUGGUAGGGUAGGAGGAUGGCAGGGAAGGGCAGGGAGUGCGUGGCUGAUGCAGGUGUUAGGAUUGAUUGUAGGCGUUAGGUUUGCCAUGGCUGGAUGAACGGAGGGUGACGACUGACGACUGAGAACAGGAGGUAGGAGAGUGACGAGGGGUGUUACUUUUUCAACUUGUUAUGGAAGGACACUUCGCAUGCCUGGGAGCAGAUUGAUGACAUUGACACCGUAGCAUUCAGCGGCAGGCGAAUGGUACAUGUCCCAGAAGUCGUACAUGCAUGAAUGGCUUUCACAAUGGUGCGUGUUCGUGUAUUGGUGUUUAGGACAUUCAUCCUUAGUUAGGCGUCACCGCGCCACCUUCCAUGCUCGACACGCCUGUUCGCUGUGUAUUCGGCGCACCAUUCCUUAUGCAUAGACCUGCAACCGACAGUUCGAAAGGAUUCAUAUCGAUUUAGUAACAGUGGCACGGG